UACCAGGGAAUUAUAUGUUGUUAAAAAUUACAGUAUUUUAGUGGAGCAAACAGUAACACACGUCGUGCGUUGUUUUUUGUUGGAAUUUGACAUGCAACGGGGCAGCGUAAUGUGAAUGUUUGUAAAACGAGUAUGAAAGCCGCUCCGGUAAGUUGUGUAACCUUCAAAUCGUCCUCGGAUGUGGCAGACUUUUACAAUGGGGCAGACUUUUACAAUGGGGCAAAGAAUUUCCUUGCCAUUUCUAUCUAUCGACAUCUAGGUUACCUGACACAUAUCAGUUUUCAUUUCACGUGCUAUUUUUAAAACAAAACGUCGCGUUGGUUAAUUUCUUGUUACGCGAUAGUUGCAUUACAUUUUUUUCGUUAUUAUUCAUGCGCUUUGGGAUCUAGUUUGAAAUGACUGGGAUUUUGCGAUGGAUUCACAGUGGAUUUCUAAAAGUUCUGCUGUUCCCCAGCACGUUUGGACGUAAAUCAUCUCGUCCCGCUGCCUCUGAAGUGUUAACAUGCCAUCUGACACAGCGCGCGCUCCCUCCAUGGACUUCAUUCUGCGUGCGCUAUCGUGACGUCAUCAACGACCAGUUCGGUCUGUCUCAUUUCAACUGGCAGGUGCAGGGAGCGAACUACCACAUCCUCAGGACGGGUGCUUUCCCUUUUAUUAAAUACCACUGCACCAAAGCACCUCUGCACAACCUGCAGUUUGAGAAUAGUUUUUUUGGGGCGCUUAAAGUCAUCAAUUUAGGUCUUCCAUGUUUGGCUUAUGGCUUGGGCUCUUGGAUGGUGGCUAGAGUGACGGAGACAGUACAAACAUCUGCAGGCCCUGUCACAGUUUACUUUGCAUAUAAGGAGGUGGAAGGUGCUCAGUUCUAAUAUUAGAGACAAUCUGACUUGCCUAAUAUUCUGUCUGAACUUUUGUCUGAAUUCUGUUGACUUUGUUUGCACUGGCAAGUAUUUAUGAAGUUAAAAUAUUGAAUUUCUGGAACAAAUGGAAAAGUAUUAAGAUAGAAUGGAUAGUGCACUUUUUCAUGCAUAAUAAAGUUAUUUAUUUUAUUUAUUGUCAUUUUAUUUAUUUAUUUAUUUAUUGAAAGUUCUUUCUGCAUUAGCCUAUUGGAAGGUCAUGCACAGGUUUUCAACAUCUUUUUAGUAUAAUAUAAAAUAAUGAGUAAACUUUUUAAAAAUUAGGUAGAAUAGUAGAAUUAGCCUAGUUUUAUAAAAAAUAAACUAUUACAUUUGUAUUAAUUUUUACUUGAUUUUGAAAAUAUUUCUACCUUAGUUUUGUAAUAUUACAACUUUAUAUUUAAUCAUUUAAAAUACAUUUUAUGAUUAGAUUAUUCUUGUAAUGAGACCACAUUCUUUUUGAAAUUUUAGUUUAGUUUUUUAUUUUACCAUGCAUCAAAAACACUGUUGUAAUUAUAGCAUGGUGAUUAUUAUUAGGGAUUAUUUGUGAUGUCUUAAACAUUGAAGUUUACAUGCUUUACAACUCCUUGUUUUCCCACUUGUUUCUCACCCUAAAGCUAAUGCAGAAUUUUAAAUACCUUCAGCUCAUUUAUUUAAAGUCAAAUUAGAGCUCACUCCCUGCCUGGCAUAAUGUCAAUAGGAAGCAAGAGGGAUUGUUUAAAGGACAGGUCUGAUAAAAUGGUUUUUAAUUACAAUAGAGAAAGUGUGGCCUUCAUUCAAAGCCCUCCCUAACCCCCCCUACAACUGCCAUUCUCAGAUGCUUUGAUUUCUGAUAAUGUGCUUUGCUGAGUUGGCGUAGCUCUGGUUCUCUUCUGCAGAAUCCUUUGUGAGAUUGGGUUUGACAAACUACCAUAUUGAUCCUCUACAACUCUCAAAGCUUUCUGCUAAGCACAUUUAUCAGAGACCUUAAUUUUCUUGCUUUGCCACCUCCUUUUUACUAGCUAACAGCCCACAGUAAUAAUUUCAGGUAUUACAUGCAAAUCAAUGGACCUCUUGCCCUUUCUUUUGCACAGCGUAAUUUAGAGGGACAGAUCAGAUUUGAUUGGAUCAUUGUACGAGGACUAAAUUUAGUGAAUGUGCAGUGUAGGUUUUGUAAGAAUUGUGCCUAUUUCAAGUCAUUAGUGUUAUAUUGAGUACCCUGUUGGGUGUUAACUAGUUACAAAGUAAGUGAUUACUCUUAUUUUUCCAGUAAUUUAAUUAGUUACUUCUGUUGAACAAUUUUAUAUAAUGCAAUAGUGCAUAAAAAUUUAAAUCUAUGGUUAAAAUGCAUGUUUUUUAUGUAUCCUUUUCACUUUAAAUACUUUGGUGAGUUAAUAAGAAUAAUGGUAACACUCUAGUGUAGUUUACAAUUCUUAACUGGUUGGUUAUUAGCAUUACUGAGAUAUUGGCUGUUUAUUAAUACUUAAAAAGCACAUAAAUCUUUGGUGCCUUAACAUUUUUAGGUAAAUCAACUCAGAUUUACAAGUCAUUUUAAUUUACUUUUAUUUAUCUUGACCAAAUAUGAGUAGCUACAACUUAUAAAAUGAAGUUGACUUCUUUCAACUAUACUUGAUAAGUUAUAACAACUCAUAAUAAUAAUAGUUAUUUAAAAUUACUUGUAAAUCUUGAGUUGAUUCAACUUAAAAUUUUAAGGCUGCAAAAAUUUUUUUUUACAGUGUAUUAAUACCUGAUUCUGCUAAACCUUAUUCUACAUCCUUAAUCUUACCCAAUUCCUACCAAUACUUAAACUUAACAACUUUUACUAAGUAAUAAUAAACUGUAAUUAGGAAUAUAUUGAGGCAAAAUUAAUCAAUAGUUAGUUAAUAGUGAGAUUUGGACCUUGAAAAGUCUGAACAGUAUAAUUGAUGUACUUUUAUAUGAUUUAUUUGAACCGUUUUUUAAGCCUAUCUUUGUAUUAUUUACUUAAUAAGAUUUAAAAAGUAAUUAAUAAUAAGUAAUUAAAUACUUUUUGAAGAGAUUAAUUUGUACAGUAAGAAUGACAUGAUUAAAGAUGUGAUUAGUUACUUUUGUUGAGUAACUUACCCAUUGAGUACUACUAAAAUGAAUAAACCUGUGAAAACAUUAUAAU